AAAGAUCAACAAUUUCACGGAAACUCUCUUCCUUUUCACAAUUUCCUCUUCCCUUCGGCUUCUUCUUCUUCUUCCUAUUUCCAGAAUUUCAGCCCCUUAUUUUCACUAUCAAUAGCAUAUGAACCCUUAUUAGCCUAUUCCCCCUUUCCCCUUUUUACCCCCUAGUUCUUCUAGGGCAAAGAUCCCCCGAUUUCCCUUCAAUUUCGAUCCUUUAUCUCUGGAAUUUGAUUCUUUUUUUUUUCUAAUUCAAUCAUGGAUGGCAACAAAGACGAUGCUUUGAAAUGCUUGAAAAUCGGCAAAGAUGCUUUGGACGCCGGAGAUCGAGCCCGUGCCCUCAAAUUCCUCACCAAAGCUCGUCGUCUUGACCCAUCGCUUCCUAUCGAGAAUCUCUUAUCUGCUGCGGAAGGAGGGAAAUCUGACGAUCAGCCGGCUUCGGAACCUGUUGGGUCUGCUAAAGAUCCGUCUGGGUCUUCUCCAUCUAAAUCUUCUGAUCAACCCUCGAUUCGUCGGAGGAAUAUACCGAAUGGAUCGGCUGCGUCUGCUUCUGCUUCUUCUCCGGCGUCGGCGGCUGGGGGUACCUACACCGAAGAACAAUUCGUAAUCGUGAAGCAAAUCAGGAAAAAGAAGGAUUAUUAUGAGAUUUUGGGGUUAGAGAAAUCGUGUUCCGUUGAUGAUAUUCGAAAAGCUUAUCGGAAACUGUCUUUGAAAGUUCAUCCCGAUAAGAACAAAGCUCCCGGUGCUGAGGAAGCUUUUAAGGCGGUUUCGAAAGCGUUUCAGUGCCUAAGCAAUGAAGAAAGUAGGAAAAAGUACGAUCUUGUUGGAUCAGAUGAACCUGUUUAUGAAAGGAGAGCUUCACCGUUCCGUGGCGGGGGCAAUGGAUUCAGCGGCUUUUACGAUACUGAUUUUGAUGCCGAUGAGAUAUUUAGAAACUUCUUCUUCGGUGGGAUGCCUCCGGCGACGACCCAAUUUCGAAGUUUCAAUUUUGGGCCUGGAAUGGGAGCUAGAAUGGGGGAUCAAGGCUCCACUGGAUUCAACAUCCGAAUGUUGAUUCAGUUGUUGCCGGUUCUUUUAAUCCUCUUGUUUAGCUUUUUACCAUCAUCUGAGCCUGUUUUUUCACUGUCCAGGUCGUAUCCUUAUGAGUACAAGUUCACAACAAAGAAUGGUGUGAACUAUUAUGUGAGGUCCACAAAAUUUGAGCAGGAUUAUCCGACUAAUAGUGUCGAGCGUGUAAGGAUCGAGGAGCGUGUUGAGAGAGAUUAUUACUCUGUUUUGGCUCAGAAUUGUAGGUUUGAGCUUCAGCGGCAGCAAUGGGGAUUUAUCCGCGAGACGCCGCAUUGUGAUUUGUUGGAGAAGUUUCAGUCUGCUGCGGCGGCAGCUUAAUGGCUUCUAUUAAGGUAUCACCGGAGAUGAAAAUACCUUUUGUCAUCGCUUGCUUGUGCUGAUGAAGGUGUUGAGAAAGAGUGACUUCCCCCCUUCGUCUUAAUACGCUAACAAUGUCCAUUUGUGAUGCAGGCGAUAGACUGAACGAAAAAGGUCGUGAAUUGUCGCAUUGCACUCUCUGCUUUCUGCCCAUGCUAUGCAAACACACGCAACUGCACUCUGUUUUGGACAGUACUCAUGACAUGGCAAAAAAAAAACACUAAAUCUUUGCAAUUUCCAUAAUUUUUAAGGUUUCCAGAUCCUGUAUAUGGGGUUCUAAAGUUUGCUAAGAGAGCAUUAGACCACAUACUAAUUUUGUUUCUUGACAUUGUUUAAUGUAAGAUGCUAUAUAUCAAGAUUGAUGCUUGUCCAGAAUAUUUAUCUGGACUCAUAUUGCA